GCAAGUCAGAAUGAGGAUAGCACAGUUUAACUUGUCAGAUAUUAGCGUGGAUGAAUUUAUAUAUAACGCAUUCAAUCGUUUGCUACUUGCUAGUUGCUACUAGUACUACUUUUUUAAUAAAGGGUUUUUAAAGAAAGUAUUGCUUCCAGAUUUAUAUCCGCAACCAACAGGAGAGAAAAAGCAAACACAUGAUAGACACUGAAUUCGAUUGAAAAACAAAUCCUGGGGUUGGGUUAUUAUCAAAACACAGCUUUUCUUUAUUUUUUUUCUCUUUAAUCUUUUGAUUAUUUAAUAAUGGUAGUAGUAUAAAAGUUUUUAUAAGUUGAGUGGUGGAGGCGGUGGUGCUGAUUCAGAGCGUGGGGUAUUAGUAUUGGGAGGAGAUAGAGAGAGAGAGGAGAUAAAAAGGGGACAGAACAUUCUGAAGCUUUCAGAUUUGCACUAUGGUGAAGGAAGACGAAACAGCUCAUCUUCUUCUUUGAUUCUCUCUGUUUUUUUCUUUUCUUUUUCACCUUUUUAGGGUUUUUUCCUUUUUUUUUUUUUUUUUUUUUUGUUGGAUUGCUGUUUUGUGUUUUGUCGGAACACUCUUGGAGGAUUAGAGAGUUCUCUGUUCCACUCUCUGUCUACACACAGCAGCAGCAGUAUAGCCCACACUUUUUGCCUCUGUCUCGUUUCAUUUCAUCGAAUUGAUCCUUAAAGAAGGUUUCUUUUCUCCACCAAAGGGUUCUGGGUUUUUGUUUCAUCUUCCUUCCUUUUGAUGCUUUCUGAACCUGAUAAGAUUCGCUACAAAAACAACAGAAGAACAUUAAAGAAACAGAGAGAAUUUGUAUAAAUAAAGAAAAUAGUAUUAUGCAACGUGUCGGACUUACAGAGCAAGUGGAGAGCAUCUCUCUAUCUUUUGCUCUUUCAUGUUUUCUUCCUUCCUUUAAUCUCUCUCGCAAGACGUUCGAAUUGAGAGCAGAACAAUCUUCAGAAAGCUCUUCCUGGUUUGUUUCUUUGUGAAGAAAUGAAGUUUAUGAAACUUGGAUCCAAACCGGAUUCGUUUCAGUCCGAUGAAGAUUCCAUAAGAUACGUAGCAACGGAGUUAGCCACUGAUGUAGUUGUAAAUGUUGGAGAUGUGAAAUUCUAUCUUCAUAAGUUCCCUCUUCUGUCUAAAAGCGCUCGUCUUCAGAAGUUAAUAGCCACAACCACAACCGAUGAACAAUCCUCAGAUGACGAAAUCCGCAUUCCCGAUAUCCCAGGAGGCCCUCCAGCUUUUGAGAUAUGCGCUAAGUUCUGUUACGGAAUGACUGUGACACUCAACGCAUACAAUGUUGUAGCUGUGCGUUGCGCUGCAGAGUAUCUCGAAAUGUAUGAAUCGAUUGAAAGCGGGAAUCUUGUUUACAAGAUUGAGGUUUUCUUGAACUCGAGUGUUUUACGAAGCUGGAAAGACUCCAUCAUUGUUCUCCAGACGACAAGAUCAUUCUAUCCGUGGUCCGAAGAUGUGAAAAUCGAUGUACGGUGUUUGGAGUCUAUCGCUUUGAAAGCUGCUAUUGAUCCAGCAAGAGUGGAUUGGUCUUAUACUUAUAACCGAAGGAAGCUUCUUCCACCUGAGAUUAACAAGAAUGGUGGUGUACCAAGAGAUUGGUGGAUAGAGGAUCUUGCCGAGCUUAGCAUUGAUUUGUUCAAGAGAGUGGUUUCGACUAUCAGAAGAAAAGGCGGGGUUUUACCUGAGUUUAUAGGAGAAGCUCUUGAGGUUUAUGCAGCAAAGAGAAUACCCGGUUUCAUGAUCCAAAACGAUGAUGGUGAUGAUGAUGUGAUUGGACAAAGAGCUUUGUUAGAGACAUUGGUUUCAUUGUUGCCUAGGGAGAAACAGAGUGUUUCUUGUGGAUUCUUGACCAAACUAUUGAAAUCUUCUGUUUCUUUGGAAUGUGGAGAAGAAGAGAGGAAAGAGCUAAGUAGAAGAAUCGGAGAGAAGCUAGAGGAAGCAAAUGUGACUGAUCUCUUGAUCAGAGCUCCAGAGGGAGGUGAAACAGUCUAUGACAUUGACAUUGUUGAAACCUUAAUCGAUCAGUAUGUUGCACAAACACAGAAAGGAGACGAGCUUGAUUGUUCAGAAGAAGAUACCAACGAAGGAGAUGGGUUUGUUUCAGACAGUUCAAAAGCAAAUGUCGCCAAGUUAAUCGAUAGAUACUUAGCUGAAAUCUCAAGAAUCGAACCCAAUUUGUCUCCUUUAAAGUUCAUCUCAAUUGCAGAAAAGGUUUCAAAUUUCCCAAGAUCAUCGCAUGAUGGUGUUUAUCGUGCUAUUGACAUGUUCUUAAAGCAACAUCCAGGAAUAACAAAGAGUGAGAAGAAAUCGUUAAGCCGGUUAAUGGUUUGCCGGAAAUUAUCGCCGGAAGCUUGUGCUCACGCCGUGCAAAACGAGAGGUUACCUUUACGAGUCGUGGUGCAGAUCCUAUUCUUCGAGCAAGUACGUGCCACGUGUCCCACAACGAAACCUUCUCUCCCACCGAGCGGCUCUCACGGGAGCUCGAGGACGACGACGGAAGAAGAGUGUGACUCAGUAACGGCCACGGAGGAGACGGCGACGACGAGAGACAAGACGAGUAGUUCCGAGAAGACGAAAGCUAAAGGAGUUGUAAUGUCUCGGAUUUUUUCGAAGCUUUGGACAGGUAAAGAUAGAGACGGUGUUGGAGAUGUUAGUAGCUCAGAUACAUCUGAAAGCCCUGGAUCAGCUACCACCGUCGGUGAUAAAUCGACGCCGUCGACUCGCCGCAGAAGAUCAUCGUCUUGACUUGUUUAGACAACUUGGGCUUUUUUAUUGUAAGAUUAGGCCUUUUCUUUUAAGCUAACUUUUGGUUUAGAUUAAAUUUGGGUCAGUUAUUUUGGUGAUUAUAAACCCAAAAGUUUUUUUUGGUUUAUGUAACCGUUACAAAUUUUGAGAUAUCCAAAUUCUAAUGUUAUUGUUACCUUUAGAGUA